AUGCACAAGAACAACCCAUACUCGGAAAAGAAGCCAGACUUUGCUCGGCUAGCUUCGCGGUACCCAUCCUUCGCCCCCUUCGUUACUGUAUCUGACUCAGGGAUUCCCUGUAUAGAUUUCAAGGAUCCACGAGCUCUGAAGGAACUCACCCAGUGUCUUUUGAAAGAGGAUUGGACUUUGGAUGUACAGGUCAGAGACGAUAGGAUAUGUCCUCCGAUACCCAAUAGAUUAGAUUACAUCUACCAUCUACUCGACAUCGAACCAUCGCUCCCUUCGUCUUCAUCCAAAAGUCUGCGCGUUCUCGACAUUGGAACGGGUGCUACAGCAAUCUAUCCAAUCCUUCUCCAUCGCAUCCGCCCCCUAUCUCACAUCACCGCAACUGAGCUGGACAACACUUCAUAUCAACAUGCUCUUCAAACACUCGAGACGAAUAAGAUACCCGCUUCCUCUAUCACAGUCGUCAAAGCUCCAUCACCCAACCCCAUCUUGUUUCCGCUCUUGAAAGCAAAGGACGAAGAGGCUUGGGACUUUACGAUGUGCAAUCCGCCCUUCUUUGAGUCUGCUGAAGAGAUGCAGAAGGGGAUCGACCUCAAGGAAGAAGGUGCACACGCUGCGCCCACUGCUGCGGACAACGAGCUUAUAACAAGAGGUGGUGAGGUUGCUUUCAUCUCCAGCAUGAUUCGCGAAAGCACCAUCAUCGGCAAACGUUGUCAGUGGUUCACUUCCCUGGUGGGAAAGUACUCUUCUCUUGAACCCCUUAUAGCGCUAUUCAAAGAGCUCAAGAUCAAUAAUUACUUUGUCAAGAUAUCUCAGCAGGCCAAAACGGCUCGUUGGAUCAUAAGCUGGUCGCAUACGACUACACGUCUCCCGGAUAGCAUUACGCGGCCUUCCGAAGUGAUCCCCAACACCUCCUUCACCCAGAUCCUACCUCCUUCCAACAUGUACAUGCUUCACGCACAACCCGGCAUCUCUAUCGACGCGCUCCGUACCACAUUACUGGAGACGCUGGCAUCUAUUGAGCUUGAGCCAGUCCAGUCAGAACCACCCACUGCCACGGCCUCGCAGUCAGAUGGAGACGAUGUAAUCGUCCUUGCGCCGAAGGCGAAUACUUGGUCUAGAGCAGCCAGAAGAGAGGCUGCGCGGAUAGCGGCUUCAGGGGAGAAACCCGCUGUGCCAUCGGAAUCCAGCCAAAGUGUCUUCCGGACAAAGAUACGCCUCGUCAAAGGAAGUGAUGAAGGGUCUCAACUCGAAAUUGACUGGACGGACGGCGAGGGCAAAGAUCGAGAAACUUGGGAGAGCUUUUGUAAAUUUUUGCUCAGCAAGAUGGGGCUUACCCGGAAGAAGAUCGCUGGGGAGGAGCAACGAGAACAAGGUUCGGGGAGACAAGAAGAGAAAUGGGGUCAGAAGGGUAGUACAAGGGGCAGAGGAUCCGCUUCUCGGGGCCGAGGGCAUGCGCGGAACGGAAACGAGAGUGCCCCACGAGGCAGCCAUAAGAGGAAGACGUUUCAAGCAUCUCACCAGGAGAGAGAUAGUGGAUACGCACAACGGCGGAGGGUGGAAUGA